UAUAAAAACUUUCACAUGCAAACGAAAAAAACUUUAAAUGGCACUGUUAUUAUUUUUAAAAACACUAAUACCCCACGUGGACACCAUCUUGAGCUCACUCACCAAAAUCUAAUCACUACAAGACUAGAAGUGUCCACAAAAGCAUCUCUCUGACACAAUGACAUCUGUUUUGUCCUUGCGCGUGUACUUUAAACUCCCUUAACACCGCGCGUCACUAAAUUCCUCCCAAAUAUGUCUCUCUCUAAUUAAUUUCAUUUUUUUUUUAAUUUUCGUCGUCUCCACCAAAACUUCACUCACACACCACUCCCUUCGUUUCUCUCUCUCUAUCCAUCAAUCCACUUCUCUCCUCUGUGUUCUUCUCUUUACCAAAAAAAAUCUCAUGACCUAACUCUAAACAAAAUAAAUGGCGAACGUAAUCUCAGUUUCCCAUUUUACCCUUCCCGUAUUAGCUUAUUUACUUCUCUUCCUAUCCACCACCGCCGCUGCCAUCAACGUCACCGCCAUCCUCUCUUCUUUCCCUAACCUUUCGUCAUUCUCCAACCUCCUCGUCACUUCCGGCAUCGCCGCCGAACUCUCCGGUAGAAACUCACUAACCCUCCUCGCCGUUCCCAAUUCUCAAUUCUCCUCCGCCUCCGUAGACCUCACGCGCCGCUUACCUCCUUCAACGCUCGCGGAUCUCCUCCGCUUCCAUGUCCUUCUCCAGUUCCUCUCAGAUUCCGAUCUACGACGCAUCCCUCCCUCAGGCUCAGCCGUCACAACUCUCUACGAAGCUUCAGGUCGUACAUUCUUCGGAUCCGGAUCCGUUAACGUAUCCCGUGACCCGGCUUCAGGAUCCGUCACGAUCGGAUCUCCUAGUACCAAAAACGUCACCGUUUUAAAACUCCUCGAGACAAAACCUCCCAACAUAACCGUCCUCUCCGUCGACUCACUCAUCGUCCCCACCGGAAUCGAUAUCACCGCAUCGGAGACUCUCACUCCACCGCCGACAUCAACAUCUCUCUCCCCUCCUCCGGCGGGAAUCAACCUCACUCAGAUACUAAUCAACGGACACAACUUCAACGUCGCUCUCUCUCUCCUCGUCGCCUCCGGAGUCAUAACAGAGUUCGAAAACGACGAACGCGGCGCCGGAAUAACAGUCUUCGUACCAACCGACUCCGCCUUCUCCGAUCUCCCUUCCAAUGUUAAUCUCCAGUCUCUACCGGCGGAGCAAAAAGCAUUCGUGUUAAAGUUCCAUGUGCUACAUUCAUACUACACACUCGGUUCGCUCGAAUCAAUAACCAAUCCGGUUCAACCAACAUUAGCCACCGAAGAAAUGGGAGCCGGUUCGUACACUCUCAACAUCUCCCGGGUUAACGGGUCAAUCGUAACGAUCAAUUCGGGUAUGGUUCUAGCCGUAGUGACUCAAACGGCAUUUGAUCAAAACCCGGUUUCUGUUUUCGGAGUAUCCAAAGUUCUUUUACCUAAAGAACUGUUCCCAAAAACGGGUCAACAACCCGUUGCCACGACGGCUCCUCCACAAGUGAUCUCUUUGUCGCCGGCGAGUUCUGAGGAGCCAUCGUCACGAAUCGUAUCACCACCGCGUGAGAUAAUUUCAUCCGGCGCGGUUAAAAGAACACUUGGUUUCUUAGCCUUGUGGUGGUGUUGGUGUAUAGCAUUAUUUUGUUAUCUUUUGGUAUGAUUUUUUUUCUUUAUCACAUAAAAAUGUUUUGCCUUCGAUUAGGGCUUUUA